CCCGCCCAGCCAUCAAUCGAGUCUGCAAUGAGGCAUUACUGAACAAGACAACUCCGGGCCCCAUCACCAGCGCCGUCCAGCCAGCAGCAGCGAGAACAUUCUCGACCACCAGCGCUCUCCUCAAGAGAAAGGCAAAUGCACCUCGCGGAGAUCGCCGAGUUAUGCUCAUCCGCUACUUCCUCUGGCACCCUCUCACUCCCCGUCCUCUCCGCUUCUCCCGAACCCGUUACCUCCGUCAUUGGACCAUCCACCGCGCCUGGCAACUCCACCAAGCCCAACAGCGCCGGGCACACCAGCUCGAGCUCCAGCGCCAGUACCAGGCCAUGUCGGCUGCGUGUGAGGAGCUGCGCACCGCCGCCGGCGAUGGCGGCAGGCUGUUCCGCAAAUCCAUGAACAAGAAGGGCGUGUAUACGGAUUUGGUGCCGAUUGAGUAUGGGCGGUUGCAGACUGAGGGGCCGAGUAAGGAGGGGUGGAAUCAUGAGUGGAAGAGGAUGGAGAAGAAAUAGAUUUCCUUUUCUUUUCUUUUUUUUUUU